AUGGCUAAUUUAAAAUUAGAUAAAGAAGAUUAUACUGAAAAAUCUUUGAAAUUGUCUAAUUAUUUAAUAGAUCAUAAUUUUGAAAAACUUCUUGCAAAAUCUUUAAAUAAAAUUGGAUUGGUAGCAAAUAUAAUUGCUUGUAAUCCUGGUGAUUUUGGAAUAGAUAUAAUUGCUACUCUAAACAAACAAAUAUUUUUAAUUCAAUAUAAAAAUAUUGUUAAAUCUCUUGGUUUUCAAGAUUUACAAAAAAUCGAAUCAGCUUUUAAAAGAUUCAGUAAAGAAAUAGGAAUUAUUAUUUAUAAUA